GCCUUACUAAUCAACAAUACCUUUCAAAUUUUUCCAGCAUCCAUUCAACAUUACAAAAUUAAAAGUGCAAACAUUUUCAGCCUCAUUUAGUGGCCAGCUUCAGGUGUUUUCACUGAAGAUUUGCAUUGUCAAGUGGACCUUUAUAAAUGCUCUGGAAUUUUUAUUCAAAUUCAUUAUUGGUUUUGAACUCGCAUUGGAAUUUUAAAAUUUUAACCCUUCUGGAAUUUUUAUUUAAAAUUCUUUUGUUUACAUCAUCAACUUCAAAUGUUAUUUGUAUAAUCCAUAUUUUUAAGUAAUGAAUUAAUGUCUGUAUAUGUAGUCUGUGUUUGGAAGAGUCCACUAGAAGCUGUAAGUUUUUUUAGGGUCUAAGGAAAAAUCUCCAGCUCCCAUUGCAAUGGCCCUGUGGGUAAUACUAUAAUUGACUUAUGGCUAUACAAGAAUUAUUAUACCGUACAAAAUUUUAUAUUUUUUCAUGAUAAAAUCACAAGGAUUUAUAUUCGAUUCAAACCUGAAUUUUCCUAAAAUUUUUAUUGUCUUUCUUCAUAAUUACCAACAUUAAGAAGUAAAAUUUUAGGAAGGGUAAAAGGGUAAAAUUCAAUGCCAGCUCAUUGGUAACUUGGAACUGAGGUGAAACAGAUUUUUGCUGUCCCUGCAUCCAGAAUGGUUGCAAUAGGAAGCACUUCUAAUGAAUGUCAAGUACAAGACAACUAGCUGAGCUGAAGUUAAUUGAACUGAUUGAUCAAGAACUAAAUGACUGUAAUUGUGUAUCUAUGGAAUAUAUUUUGCAAAAACUGAAAUCAGAAUCUGCUGCUACAGAAAAGAAGUGUUUAGAACAUUUUCAGUGUGAAAAAUGUGUGGAAGCAGCUCUUCAAAAAUUUCCAGAUUGUUUUUACAUCAGUAAAAGCAACAAUAUUCUUAAAACUAACUCUAUAAACCUUCCAAAUAACUAUUAUGAUAGAUAUGACAAUUGUUUUAAUAUAGGCUCAGCUGUUAAGGAAGUUUUAACAGUUUUAGAAGGUUUACUAGCAAAAUUGCAACUGUAUGAAUUUUUAAUUGAAGUUGUGGGUCCACAGAAAGAAUAUUAUCUGGAUUAUAUUGAAAACGAAUUUUUCAAGAAAUAUGAUAAUUUCAGAAAUAUUUUUAAAUGUCAACAUUUUCUAAUAGAAGCAAUAAAAGAAUUUCAUGAUAUUUUUCUAAUUAAAUUUUAUGAUAAAAUUCAAAAGUAUUCUGUCUAUUCAAAAUAUACUAUAGAAUACAGUGAAGGAGGAUUAUGGAAAGUAUUUAAUUCAGAUUGUUUGUUACAAAUUAUAUGUUCAACAUUUCUACAGUUGACAGCCGAGAUACAAACAAUUAUAAUUUUAAAAGAACAUUCCUUUAAAGAGCCAUUUCAUUUUCCAGUUCUAUAUAAUGCAGGAAAGACAGUAUCACAGCCAUUUUGUGAUUAUUUUACCAAUAUAAAUACAUUAAAAACAUUUAUUUCACUUUUGCCAGAUUUAUUUUAUAUUAGCAGAAGAAAUAGAGUUUUCCUAAAUGAAAAAGUAUCUAAUCCAAAAACAUAUUGGUAUAAUAGUAAUAGGAGUAGAAUUGGAUUAUUUGAUUGUUUAUUACAAGAAUUAAUGAAAAUUUUCAAUAAUCAACUAUCACUUUAUAAUUUGGCUCAAUCUCUAAAAUUAAAAUUAAAGAAAAAAAUUCAUAUGCCAUUGAAAGAAUUGGAUAUUAAGAAGCUGUAUUGUUACUGCAGUGAUUUAAAGGAAGCUGAACAUUUGAAAAAUGAUAUUUUAGAAUUUUCUGGAAUUUUUCAUUUAAGUGCUGUCAAAAAUGUAUUAUUGGUGGAAAAUAAUUGGAAUAAUAAUGGUAUUCAAUUACAUCACAAACCAAAAUCAGAAAAUUUUUUAGUUUAUGCUAGCAGAUCCUGUAGAAAAAUACUGUCAGAAGUCCAUUUAUAUUGUGCAAUGGUUCAUAUUCUUUCUAUCAGCUAUUGCAUAAAGCCCAAUGAUUUGUUUUUAUUAGAACCCAAUUUAUGCCUAAACUAUUCAAUUACAGAAGACACUGUACUUGAAAUCAUCCAAAAGUAUUCUGACGUGUUUUAUUUAAGUGAUAAGAAUUUAAUUUAUUUUAAGUGUUCUAACAAAAACACUGAAAAUGACAAUACACCAAAGGAUAACUUUACAAGUCUUUCAGAAUCAUCAUAUUCACCAUCACCAUCAGUAAAUGCUAAGUUAUCAUCAUCUCCCUCAGAAGUAUCAUCAGUCAAUAGUAAUGCCGCAAGUUCAGUCAGCAGUGAAAAUUCAUCCAUUAAAUCAGAACCAACAGAAAGUACAAAAUCAGAUAUUACAAUUUAUUCAGAAGAAAAUACAAAACUUGAUUUUGAUAAAAAAUGUAAAGAAAGUGAAAGUAACAGAAAUGACACAGACAACAGUAUGGAUGAAUCUGAAAUCUUUGAGUUAAAAGAAAAAUAUGAAAGUGCUAUUUUAAAUAUUAAAAAACAACCACUACAGAUAAAUGAUGAUUGUAAUUCUGAUAUUGUAGUGCCAGAAACAACAUAUGAUCAAAAUGAUGAUCUUAAAAAAGGAAUUUUUACUGUUCUGACAAGUUGUGGAACACUGUCUGUUUUUACAGAAUCUGAAGGUUACAUUGAAACAGAUGAUGGUAAAACUGUGUGGAUUAUUGCUGAUAUUGUAUAUGAACAUGGUAAACAUGUAAAAAAUUUAUAUAAUUUGGAAAACAGGCAUUUAAAUUUUAUUGCAAUAGAAGAGCCUGGAGUGAUAGAAGAUAACUGGAAGGCAAUUCUUGUCUGGAUUGGAAGAAGACCUACUAAUGUUUCUUGUGCCAUUACUUCAAGAUGUGCUUGGGAUAAUAUUAAAUUAUUAUAUGAAAAACAAUACAAGGAUUUUCCUAUUAGGGACUUGAAUCCAAAGUGUGAAAAAGUCAAGUUAGAUUGAAAUGAUUCUGAAAACUUAACAAAUCUUUUGAAAAAGUUCAUUAAAAACAACAAAUUACUAAAUAUUUUUUAUGUAUUACUGGAAAGUUUUAUA